AUGUUUUCAGAGAAAAUGAUCUCAUCAGAUUGCUCCAAAAUGGCAGAAUUUGCCACAUCCAGAGCUCUACAAGCAUCUCUUGGGUUAAACUUGAUAAUCGUCAUAUUUGCCAUACCAAACAUUGUCUACAGUAUGGUUUUUAUUGCAACAAAGCAUGUAUUUCACUUAAACACUCAACUUCAAAUACUUGUUCCUCUUUUUGGUCUUUUGCUACAUUCAAUUGGAAGACUCGGCCUACAUUCAACUGAUCUUGUUGCGUAUUUCGGAAAUUGGCAGGACCCAUGUGAAAUUAUACCGAAUUUUUAUAGGUGCCUCAUACUUCGUGGAUUCUAUAAUGUCGGCCUGGCAUUGUCCUCAAUGUGCUCCGUGGCGCUGGUUAUCGAGAGGAUUGUUGCCUUAAAGUACUCGAUAACUUAUGAGUAUUGUGGACAAUUUUUUGGAGUGCUUCUAGUGUUUUUGCAGAUUUUUCUAGCCACAUGCUACUUAUUCAGCAUGUACUUCCACGCAGCUUUCACACCUGGGGACCAGAAGCUAUAUUACUGUCAGACAAUUGCUUCGUCAACUGGAUCCGUGUGGUUUGUCAUUGCUCCGUUGUAUGCAGUUAUGAUUGGCCAAAUUGCCUCAAGAAUAGUUUUUGAACUUUUAUUGAGGAAGAACAAGGCCUUACGAAACUCGGUGAGCCUUUCCCUGUCCACUCGCUUCAACUUGGACCAAAGUAUUCGUUCCCUUCGGGCUCUGAAACUUCUGGUCAACUGCAACACCUUGGUUUUUGCCACUUUAUCAGUGGUCACAACAACUCUUCACUUCAAUUCUUCGUCUUUGUCCAAGCCAAAUUAUAUUGCGUUGGUGGAAGCUGUCCACAUUCUUCCUCUCUACGGUAUCGCAGUUUCUGUCGGAGUCUAUCAGAUAACUCGUACCUGCCGAGCAUUGUGCCGACAGCUGUUUUGA